CUCUCCAGUGAUCUCACUAAUGUUCUGGCGGUUGGCUGUGUAGUUUACCUGACCGGGGAAAGUGACAGCGGGGCGUGGUGUCCCAUGAUAACAGAGCGGCUCCAGCUAUGGAGGUGAUCAGGAGCCGGGCACUGCCUGCCCUAAGGAGGCCGAACACCGCGGGCUCCGUGCAGCUGAGGAAGCGCAGAUCCAAGCUGUACAGCAAGGAUGACCAGGACGCGGCGGGCGCAGGCCUCCUUGGAGAAAACAUUUACUUUGUCUUGUUCACAGUCACAUUUCGAAUUGUAAACUGCGGUUUGGUACAGACCAGCUUUGUUCCUGAUGAAUACUGGCAGUCCCUCGAAGUGGCGCAUAAUAUGACUUUCAAUUAUGGCUAUUUAACAUGGGAGUGGAAUGAAGGUUUGAGGGGGUUCACGUACCCCCUGCUGUUUGCCAUUGCUUAUAAGCUUUUACAUUGGAUUGGCAAGGAUGACGUCUUCUUUCUGAUUUGGCUUCCAAGACUGAUCCAGGCUGUGUUCUCCAGCAUGGCAGAUGUAAAACUAUACAGUCUAGUGAGGCGCAUGGAAAAUCCAAACAUAGCAAAAUGGGUGUACUUCUGUCAGCUGUGCUCCUGGUUUACAUGGUACUGCUCCUCAAGAACUCUGACAAAUACAAUGGAAACCGUACUUGGCACUCUGGCUUUGUAUUAUUACCCUCUGGAAGGUUCACAGACAAAGAACAGCACCAAGUACCUGCUCUUCAUGGCUCUCGCAUUUCUAGUCCGGCCAACUGCACUUAUCCUGUGGGUUCCAUUGCUUUUAUAUCAUUUUUGCAAAGAGCAGAAGAAACUAGACUUAAUAAUUCAUCAGUGUUUACCUGUUGGACUGUUUACCCUUGGAGGUUCAGUAAUAAUUGACUGGGUAUACUUUGGCAAGUGGACUGUAGUUCAGUGGAACUUUUUGAAGUUUAAUGUUCUCCAAAAUAUCAGCACUUUCUAUGGGUCUCACCCUUGGCACUGGUACAUCACUCAGGGUUUUCCAGUCAUCAUUGGCACACACUUGCCGUUCUUUAUACACGGCUGUGUGGUGGCACCAAAGAGAUAUCGUGUUCUACUAGUAGCCAUAGUUUGGACUGUCUUAAUAUAUAGCACUUUGAGCCAUAAGGAAUUUCGAUUUAUCUAUCCGGUGCUUCCGCUCUGCAUGAUCUUCUGUGGUUUUUCAUUUUCAAGUAUUAAACGUUGGAAGAAAGCAGCUAUUGGUCUUUUGGUUUUAUCGAAUCUGCUUCCAGCACUCUACACUGGGUUGAUUCACCAGAGAGGAGCCCUGGACAUAAUGAGCAACAUUCAACACUUAUGUAACAAGGAGAACUCCUCCCUUCUGAUUCUGAUGCCUUGUCACUCCAUUCCCUACUACAGCCAUGUUCAUUGCCCCAUUAAGAUGAAUUUCCUUGAGUGCCCUCCCGAUUUAGAAGAUCAUGAUACAUAUGUUGAUGAAGCUGACCUGUUCUAUGUAAGCCCCCUGGCUUGGCUCAAUGCAGAAUUUUAUGAUCCCAAGCGAUUACCAACACACUUACUAAUGUUUAGUGUUCUAGAAAAGGAAAUAAGCCCAUUUCUGACCACAAACAAUUAUAUGAGGACAGCAUCGGUAUUUCAUACCCAUCUACCAGAAGGUCGAAUUGGAAGCCACAUACAUUUGUAUGAACGACAAGUGAAAUAAAGGCCUAGAGUCCUUUGGACCAAUGAUGGACUUA